AUGAUAGUUUCUGAGGAGGGAUUCAGAGAAGAUGGAAGAAGGCCUAGGGAGCUGAGGAGAGUGGAAGUAGUAAGGAGGAUGGUUGGGAAAAAAGGUGUGGUGGAUGUAAGGCAAGGAAAUACUCAAGUGUCUGUGAUGUGUGGUGGGGCUAAGGAGGCUGGGAAGCUGGACAUUGAGGUGGAGUUCUAUGCUGUUUCAAGGCAGGAGCCUGUAAACGAGAAAAGGAUAUUGGAGUAUGAGGAUGUUCUAUUAGAUAUAUUUAGUGACAUCCUGCUUCCUGAAACCUCAGUAGGCAUCAAAGUCGUUGUUCGAGAAGACGGUGGAUCGUUAUUGUCCACCAUGGUCAAUUGCAUAACUCUUUGCCUAUCAUACUUUGGAAUUCCCCUGAUGGACAUGUGCUACUCUGCUACUAUCGGAGAACACUGUAUCGACCUUACGUCCACGGAGGAGAGCCAAAAGAUUCCUGUCAUCACCGUUGCAUAUCUAAUGAAUAGAAAAAGCAUUGCCUAUCUGUCUCUGAACGGCAGGAUUGUAUGUGAUAAGCUACAGUCUUCUAUUCUUGAAGGUGUGGAUGCCUGCUACUCUGUCGGAGAGCAUUUCAAAGGCUUCUUUUCCUUCUCCCCAGUACAGUGA